AAAAAGGUAUUUUGAUUCGAUAGGACUACCUGUCUGGCUAGAUGGACUGUUCCGGAAAAACAAAGGGACUCUGACAAGCAAAGGGAGGAGUUCAUCAUCAUCGAAAGACAUAACGUUAAUUUUGGGUCAGAGCUUCAAGUUGAUUAAAUUAUUCGGGAUCAAGUUUCAAUUCAAGGUGGACCAUGGGAGCCAUACUGAGUGCUGGGUGCUGUGCAGCUCAGCUGGCGUGCUGUUUCGGGUCAGCAGCUUGUUCGCUGUGCUGUGCCUGCUGUCCCACCGUUCGCUCCUCCACCACCACCCGGAUCAUGUACACCUUCUUCCUGAUCCUGGGUACAGCCAUCUCCUGUGUCAUGUUAUCUAAAGCAGUGGAGGACAGCAUCCAGCAAUCAAUCCCAGGGUUUAGCGAGGUUUGUGACUUCCUGAACCUGGGCACCAACUGUAACAUCAGCCAGGUGAUUGGUUUCCUGGCAGUGUACCGGGUCUGCUUCUCCAUGGCUGUGUUCUUCUUCCUCCUCAUGAUCCUCAUGAUCAAUGUCAAGACUAGUCAGGACUGUCGUGCAGGCAUACACAAUGGGUUUUGGUUCUUCAAGCUGUUGAUCAUUGUUGGCAUCUGUGUGGGAGCCUUCUACAUCCCUAAUGUGGAGAUCUUCCAACAAGUGUGGAUGUACAUCGGGAUGGUUGGAGCCUUCCUGUUCAUCCUGAUCCAGCUCAUCCUGCUGGUGGACUUUGCUCAUUCCUGGAACUCCAACUGGGUAAACAGGGCUGGUGAUGAAAGUUGCAGCUGCUGGUAUGUAGCCCUGAUGAUCUGCACCUUGUUCUUCUAUGCCAUCACCCUGGGUGGGUUCAUCGUCCUGGUGCUGUUCUUCACCAAGCCUGCAGGGUGUGAGCUCAACAAGUUCAUCCUGGCUCUCAACCUUAUCCUCUGUAUCGUUAUCUCCUUCAUAUCGGUGCUGCCUCCCAUACAGAAAGCUUCUCCCCGAUCUGGACUACUCCAGGCUGCUAUCAUCUCAGCAUACUGCAUGUACCUGACCUACUCAGCACUGUCUAGUGAACCUGUUUCAUACCACAUGGAGAAUGUUUUCAACACCACGAUAAACGCCACAGUUGCAGCACAGGUGGAGGACGGCUGUGUCCCCUCGGAGCUGGUUCGCUCGGACAACAGGAUCGUGUCUGGAGUUAUCGGCAUCCUCAUCAUGUUUGUCAUGGUUGUCUAUGCCAGAUGAAGAUGGGAAGAAGACAGUUGACAAUGAGCAGGAUGGGGUAGUGUACUCUUACUCCUUCUUCCACUUUGUGUUCCUCCUGGCCUCACUCUACAUCAUGAUGACACUCACCAACUGGUACAACCCAAAGUCAGUGCGAGACGUGCUUGCAUUCGGAGCGACCUGGGCGUCCGUCUGGGUGAAGGUGUCGUCCAGUUGGGUUUGCUUCGUACUGUACCUGUGGACACUCAUAGCCCCUUUGUGUUGUCCCAACCGAGAGUUCCCCCAGUAACAACCAGUUGUCAAUCAUUGAUUCCGGGCAGAGCAAGCAUUAUAAACUUUGGUUUCUCCUGGGCAUCAGUGUGGGUGCGGCUAUCGUCCUGUUGGGCAUGUAUGGUGGUGUAUGUGUGGACUCUGAUCGCACCAAUCUGUCUACCAAACAGGGAGUUUGCUUAGGAGCAUUGUAGUCACUUGCACCUCAUGGGAAACUUUUUUCUCUGUUAGCAACAACAUAGUGGCUAUUGGGUAAGGGCAAAUGAUUCAGUAAACAAUCCUCUAGAUUCAUGUUUCAGAACCAUCAUUUGGAAAUCAAUAGGCAAUAGUAGUAAAAAGCAAGAUCAUGUUAUAGGUUGUUUGCACAUGACGUCACAUUGCUUGUUGGUUGAACCUGGAAAGUCCUAUGAAUUUGCUUGUCCAUAUGUCAUGAUUAGUUGACUAAUAGCAAUAUUUUUGUGAAGUCUCAAAUUCAAAUUCAGGUUUUAACCACUCAGCAUGGCAGACAAUAUUUACAUCAUAGGUAUACGCAUGUGAGUGCAAACAACCAUAGAGAAAAAAUGUACCGGUAUUUUCAUGAUAGAUGUGCUGUGGAUCAUCAUGUCAUCACCCCUCAGCCAUAGAUGUAAAAUGUUGACAAUUUGUACUAAAGAAACUUGUAUAUGUACAUCUUCUAUUUUUUCAACUUGUGCAUUAUCGGCUCACCUUCAGAGGAAAAUGCCCUUUUUAAAUGUUCAGGAACAAUGACAAGAAACCUUGAAUUCAAAGUACACUUGCCAUGUAGACUUAUGUGUUCACUUCACUCAAGUCAAUGUUUCAUCGAUGUUAGGCAUAGAAUGUAUGAUUAUAGUUGCAGUUUCCAAGUUCAAAAAUACAGAUAUGGUACUACUAAAAUUGACUCAUAGUUAGUUCAAAUGAUACACUUUUGGUUGUAAGAAACAAUAUACUGGGUAGUAAAUGUAAUUGAAAAGUUUAUCAUCUAUAAAGCCAUACUUUAUUUCAUGGUGAUUCUAUGGGAGUAUAGAAGGCUUCAUCAGUUAUACUGGAAUGCAGCUUUUUUUUACUACCAGAGAAAAGCAUUUAAAACAGUAACUGUAAUACAUUUUACCAUAAACAUUUACCAUACCUGUAUAUUACACUAGACUCAUAAAAAGCAAAAAUAUUGUGCAUCUACUGAAAUUAAGUGGCAUUUACUAUUAGUCAUAGUAAGAUUGUGACAGUGGUUACGAUGGUGUCUAAAAGCUUGCUUGAUGGGUCAACUUUGUACAUAGAUUAGGUUUGACAGUUAACAACAGUCUAUGGACAAAGGAAAAAGCAUGUAAUGCUUAGUAAUAUUUUAUCUUUUGUCCACAAUCCUUUCCCCAUGCCAAUGAUAGCAUGUUUGAAAAAAGUUACUUUUUCCUAAGAAAAGGAACAUUACGGAAAGUCUUCUUUUUUGCUUUGGGUCAUCUACCGCUAAUUUACAUGUAAAUCUAACAAUAUCCAACAAAAGAAGACAAGAAGUAGUACCUUUCCUAGCCAUAAACAUUGUCUUGGAAUGACUUUUUUUCAGAGGUAAAUUUUUCAUUUGAUCCAUUUUCACAUUAUAGUGAGCAAUGUGGGCAAAAAAACAAAAUUACAAAUAGCUGGUAUCUGUAGAUGUCUUAUCAUUUGAAGUAUUGUCCAUCUAUUUCAUAGGUUGCACUAUUUUACAUACAGUGAGUACCAUGUACAGCAAGUCAACAAGCAUUCUUUAAAAUUUGUUGUUUGAUUAUACAAGUUAAUUGAGGAUCUAUUUGAUAUGUAAUAUUAAUUAAUUAUUGUUAUGCAUGGUUUGAUGUAGAAACUGCUGAACACAAUAGAAUCAAAACUGUAAAGGGAAAAGAAACUUGACCACUCUAAAAUUAGUUCAGUUGCUUUUAGCAUGUAACAAUCAAGAGAAGACACAAAUUUGUGUACAACUAUUUGAUUUUAAUCUAAUGCAGGGUGUAUUUACAAAGAUUUAGCAUUGCAUAACAAUAUAUAUGUAUAGUAUUAUUAUUAUUGUGUACAAUGAAAUGUGAUAUAAAUAUGCACAUCAUCUGCUAACCUGGAUGCAUUUUACUGUUCUUAUGAUAUGAUGUUGUACAUAUUAACUGAAGUAAUUUUUUACCAUUAAGGAGCUGAAUCAAUUUCAUUCAGGAAAGGUUGACAUUCAUCCAGAAAACAACUGUCUUAAGCUUAUACAAUUACCACAGAUGGUCAAGGGAGCUGUGAUUUGAUCAAUGAUUGUAAGUUCUCUGUGUAUGUGCAAUGAAAUGUCAAUAACAUUUUUCCAACUGAUAAUCAAGGCUGCAUGUUUGCAACGGAAGCAGAAAUUAAACUGUAGUCAUGUAUUA